CAUGACCGAAGUGUUUAAUUUAUAUGGAUUUGAGGAGGAAGAGACAAAAUCUUCAGAUAUUUACAUGGCUUUUGGAGAUUACGUAUGCCUGUACUGUGACCAAACAAAUGGAUAUGUAUAUAGCGAUAGAACUAGAACAAAUGGAAGUGGCCUAUUCACCUAUCAUAAUCAAGAAAAGGAUUGCCCUCAAGGACUUGAUAAUAUUCAAGCCAUCACCUUUCAGUUAUUCACUCCAAAUCGAUAUAAAUUUAACAAAAAGUAUCGAAAGCUUAAAGCGGAAGGAGAGACAGAUAAAGUAUUGGCAAGUGCAAGAAUCGGAGCAAAUGCGGAAACUAAAGAUAAUUUACUUGAUCAACAAAGAGUUAAAGGAAAAUUGAUUAAAUAUGGUGAAAUUGUUCAGCUUCGCCAUGCUUUCUCGUCGAAAUUUAUUCAUGUUAGUAAAACGGAUAAUAGUACUAUUGAAAAGAAUAGAAUGCUUGUCACAUUGGAAGAUUAUAAUGCUAAAACUGCUCAAUUUCGUAUAUUACCUAGAUGUAAAGUAAAGACUGAAGGAGAUAAAGUUGAAUUUAAGGAUGAAAUACUAUUUGAAAGUGUUAAGAUGUAUGGUUCCUAUUUACACGUUAGCUAUUUACAUAACAUCGAUAAUUUUACAAGAGGGUCUGAAGUAAACUUGGGAGUAGAUUAUACUUAUUUUAGCAUAAAGCUUCAUUUUAGGCCUAGCGAAAAAAAUGAAAAAUAUCUUCGAGGUGGGGAUAUUGUAAGAUUCUAUCAUAAAGAUUUGGAAGCUUAUCUAUGCGCUGAAGGAGUCUUUGGUGAAUCUGAAGGGGAGGAUGUUCAUUUUAGAGUUCGUUCAAUGGAUCAAUUGGAUUAUAGAACACUUUAUCCACCGAUAUCUGGAAUAGUUUAUUGGCAAAUUGAAAAUGUUAAUUGUACAGUAAGCGGUGAAGGACUUAAAUGGGAAGAACAAAUUCGAUUAAGACAUUCAAGUACUCGUAAAUAUCUGAUGGUUUCGGAAGAAAAAAAAGCAUCGUUGACGGAUAACUCGAAUGAUUCGCGUACAAUUUUUGUCUUUCAUAAUUUAGGAGAGACUUGCUAUACUGAAGAGAUUGAAAAAACUGAUACUAUACGAAUAGAGCAUGUUGUUACUGGUUUUUGGUUGCACGGACAAACAGGUGACUUUUAUGAAAGGCAAACAAUUAAAACUGAAGGCGUUAGUCUAGCAUCUUUAAGUUGGGAUAAUGCUGAUUUAAUUCGGGCAACAGCAACGGAUUUAGCCUUAUAUCCAGAUGCCUUUGUUAUUCAAGAUAUACAGGAUAAAGAUAUUCAAAAUUUCAAUUACGUGGCUGGUUUAAUACCUUUCUUUCGAGAUAUUGCUGAACAGAGAAGAAAACAUGCGGUAUGGAAAAUGAAAGAUCAAAAAUUUUUAUGUGAAGCUUUAACGGAACUUGAAAAUUUUUUAAUCGUUGAUGGACAACCAUCAAAAAAUCGACAAAAAUUAUUGCGUAACACCAAAUUGCUCGAUUUACUUGUAAAGAUUUUAAAAUUUCCAUACGAGGGUAUGAAAGAUGCUAAACACCUUUUGGCCAUUUUUGUUCAAAUCUAUAAUGUUCUUCGAGUCUAUACGGAAGGUAAAAGCAAGAAAAAUUCAAUAUAUUGCGCAAGAUAUAUUGAUAUUUUCACUGAACAUUUAUCACUUGAGGGUGAAAUAAGUGAAACGGCUUGUCUUGUUUUGAUCAAUUUGUUUCGGGACAAUAGGAAAAUCAUUGAUAGAAUUGAUAAAGAAAGAAUAAUCCAUUUUAUAGCCCUAUUGCAUAAAGACAAGAAUCAUCGAAUGUUGGAGUUAUUAGGAACUUUAUCUGUUUGUAAUGAAAUUGCUAUGACAAAAAAUCAAAAUUUAAUUGCUGAGCAAUUGUUUGUUGUUCAUAAAUCAUCUAUGUUCCACCUAUCCACAUCCCAAGAUAUUAAUGAACCAUAUACAGAUUUCUUAUACGUUUCUGUUGAUGAUAGUAAAACUUGGAUAGCUCUUCACAAAUUUCUUUUUAAGAGCAGCAAUGAAUACGACGAAAGAAAGUACUCGUUUCUACAACAGCAAUUAAAGCUUUACAAAGAGCUUUGCUACGGAAUAAAUUCCUAUACUAUAAAUAUAGUUACAAAGACUAAAGGGCUGUUUACGUGGGAAACUGCAUUUGUUGGUUUAAAAUCAGAGAUAAUACCGGAUGCACUAAGGGCAAUUAUUUGCGAUUUAUUAAUAGAUCUAUUUGUGGAUUUAGGAGGGAAUGAUAAUAUGAUUCUUUUAGAAUCGAAUAAUUUUGUGUAUGAUGAAGUUCAUAUGGAUUCCGCUUAUAUCGAUUCAUCGAAGGUAGCAAAAGAUAUGGAUAGUGAUUUUCCCUCAUUACAUGUUUGGAUAAGACAAUUUUUUAAGCAUUAUUAUUAUCUCACUGCAAAUCAAUGUGGACGAAGUCUACUUAUAGAAAAAGUUUUAAGGCUGGUAACUUACCUAAUAAUGUACGGUUUUAUGGGUUCGAAUGAAGAUAUUAAUGAGCUUAUGGAACCAGUUUUAAGUAUUGUCUCAGGCUUCUGUGACAAACCUUUUGCGCCGGAUAAUAGAAAUUAUUACAGUAGAUAUACAAGAGGUGUGGUAUACGAAUAUCAAUUAUACAAGAGAUAUGAAAAAUGUAAAGAGACUGACGCUAUUGUUUCUGCAAAAAUACAAGGCCUCGAAUUAUUGGAACUUUUACUAACUAGCCAAUUUAAUGGAAAGGUCAAGUUCCUAAUCGCUUUAUUCAAAGAUACUGAGAAUAAAAUAAAAAAUGGAGCUCAUCGGCACAAACUAAAACCUUUAUUGGAAAAUAGUUUUGAUGCUAAUCAAUUUUGGGAGAAAUCUUAUUUGAGAAAAGCAGCUUCUGAUGUAAUACGUAAAAUUGACAAACAAAAUAACUUCUUAGAGUCAAAAUUACCAAAAAUUCUUUUAGAUUUAACAAAAUACGAAGCAGACGAUCUUUUAAUUAAAUCACUUUCAGUAUUGAAUAGAUUUUAUUCAUCCAAAUUUAAUCUAUUCGAUACAACAUCAAGGUCACUUGUUCUCUGUUCAGUACAUUCUACUACUCUUCAUAGAGAAGUUUUAGUAAGCGUUCUAAGGCUUAAGCAUCUCUUCCAAUCUCAAUUGAAUGAAGAAAAUUCCAAAGAAAUAGUUAAAAUAUUACUUAGAUACAAAGAAAUAUGCCAUGAAGUUGAUAACGAACACGUACCUUUUAAAAUUGGACAAAAUAUUCUUGUAAAUAACGGAGUUCUAACUGAUGUUAAGAAUAUCAUUACUCAAGAAGUUGACAAAAGCUUUGAAAUUCAACAUAAUCUUGCUACUAUGACUAUUCGAGCUGCAUUGACAUGUUUAAGAUAUAUGACGAAUCGUAAUGAAUACGUUCAGAGUUAUGUAUUUGCUAAGUUAGAAGAUAUUCUAAAGUGUUCAUACAACGGUUCCGAACUUGCUCUAUUGAUAAGCGAAGUUUUUAAGAACAAUUUGCUCCACUGUUUAAGAAUAACUCCAAAUCAAAUUUCAAAGAUUAUAAAGAUGACUGCCAAUAAUCAAGAAAGGGCACCAGAAUUUCUCUUAUUAUUAUCUAAUCUAGUGAAAGAUGAGAUGAGUGGAAUAGUUGUAUCGAGAAAUAAAUUAAUUGUAGCGCAAGUUUUAAUGGAGAAUUACCAAAAAGUCGCUUAUACAAUGGAAUGGAAAGCAAAGAAGAGUUCUGCCGUCGAAAGUGGAGCUGACGAAUUGACGCAUAAUGAAAAGUUUUGGAAGCAUAUUAUGGCUAUUUUAACUAUUAUCAAUAGGUUAAUUGAUAAUUUAGACCUAUCUAUUUUUACAGAAUCAGAGUUUUCUAGUUCAACUCCUAUUAAAAGACAUUUAUCGCCUCCAAAUUCAGAAGCCGUCAGUGAGAUAUAUAAUUCAGAACAAGGCCCUAGCGAUGUUUUUAACUAUUUAUUUAAUGGUGGCUUUGAACUGUUACAAUCCUUUAUAUCCAAAUUUUAUAAAGCAAAGACAGCAUUACCAAUUGAACAAAGAGUAAUAAGAAAACUGACAGAAAGUUUUCAAACUCUAUAUGGUGUUAUUAUGAACGAAGCAAAGAAAGUAUCCCAUCUGUUGGAUUAUUGUACAUUCUUACAAAUCCUUCUAGUUAAAACUGGGCAUGAUCCAACGGUUCUUUCUAAUUGUAAUUCUGACGAAGAGAAAUUUAAUGAGAUGCUAUUAAAGUUUACUAAUAAUUUAAUGGUUUUCGUUGAGGGAAGGAAUACUGUACAAGAUCAAUUGGGAUUAAAUAGAGUGGAAGCUUACAAUCAUCCCGAUUUGGUAAUGUAUUUACCGUUAGGCUCGGAAUUUCAAGAACAUGUUAUGCUAUUUCGAAAACAUGGCUCGAAAAAAGGAGCAUUUGUCCAAUAUGCUCAAGCUCAGAAAUUAAUAGAAUAUCUAAAAAUUACUGGAAAGAAAUACAUUACUAUCGCUCCAAAAGAAAUAGAAGUUUUAGAUAAAAGAUGCCUUCAAAUUCUGAGGGCAAUAGUUUAUAAUGAAAUACUUUUAUUGACAGGAAAUUGGGGAGAAAGAAAAGAAGAGUUUAGAGAAAAUUUAGAUAAGAUUCGCAGUAUUCAAUUGGUUUUUUGCCAAUUUGGAAUUGUUCCCUGCCUAAUUUGUCUACUUAGCAGACAAAGUGAUCAAAUUCGUAAAGAAGUUUUAGCUUUGAUAGAUGUCCUUCUUUUUAAUGCACCGAAAGAAGUUCAAGACGAAAUAUUAAAGUAUUUUGAGAGCACAAAGGAAGAACCAAUUUUCUUUGUUCUAAGGAAUUAUCUAUCAUUUGGAAGUACAGUUAUUAAGGAAAGACGAGCAAUGGAAAAGCAACUUGCCGAAAGGGAAAAGAAAUUGAAAACUGUUGAAAGGAAGAAAGUUUUAACAAAGGAAGAAGAAAUGGAAGAAAGAAAAACAAUUGAGAAGCAUCUUGUUAAAAUGGCUCUUCGUAAAAAUUCUCUGCCUUUAAUUAGCUUUACAAGAUCAGUACUAGCUGAUCAUGUUCUAAAAGGCUACAAAAAAGAGAUAAAGGAGAUCGAUACUGAAGAAGGCGGAUUUUAUGUACCUGCUGCAAGCCUAAAUCAAACUCCUAAUAAUUUAAGCAAAUUUAAAGAAGAUGGCACGAUUGCAUUAGUCCUAAGAGUUCUAGCUGGAAUGUGUGAUGGACAGUAUAUACCUUUACAAUCAUACUUAUGCGAACAACCAGACAAUAUAACUUCGAUUAAUAUUGUAGCCGAAGUAGCCCAAUUCCUUGGAAUUGUUUAUAGUCGAAUUAACGAUCAAACAAUAAAAUUGGUAACUCAAUUAAUAACCUGUUUAAGGGAAAUGUGCCAAGGAUAUCAGCCAAACAGAGCCGUUAUUCUAAAUAACAAAGUUAUAGACUUUACCAAUUAUAUAUUAAGAAUGUCUGUAUUUAAAAAUUGCAAUCCAUUGGAUGUUAUACGACUAAGACAGGAAAUAGCGAGUUUAAUUACAGCAUUAACUGAAGAAAGUUCACCAGAGGCGUUCGUUUUAUCAAUGGAUAUCUCUGAUAGAAUAGAUCUCCAUGCUAUCAAAAGGGUAAUCUGUCAAAGUCAUAUGCUUAGGGUCCAAGAGAAACCCAAUUACCUUGAACUUGUUGGUGAUAAUAUUACACCCGUAAAGAAUCUAAAGAGAGAUCCUGAAAUAGAUGACAGUUUAAAGGAAUGUUCAUUCUUAUUCACUUUAGUAUUAGCGAGAUUUUUUGAUAUCGAUACAUCAUCCGAAAGUCGAUUAAACAUUGAUGAACAGGAGAAAGCCAUUCUCGAAGUGUAUAAAGGAAGUUGUCAAAGUGUUGAAAUUAUUAAAGACGAUCAUAUACAAAAAGUACAUUUUAGAGUAAAAAACAUGGGUCUACUUAGAGAAGAUUUGAAAGAAGAUAUUAAAUGGAAUAUUGAUAGAUCAAGUCCAAGCGGCAAAUUAAGAGAUUUAAUCUCUUGGACAAAGGAUAUCUUAGCUGAUAUUUCUUAUCAAAAGAAACUACUGAAUAAUAAAUUCCUGAAAUUUGUUGCCAAAAUAUCACCCUUUUGGCAAUAUUUGAUCAUACUUGUUAGUUUAACAUUGAAUAUUAUAAUGUUAAUAUCAUGGGAAGCUCCAGAACGGAGUACAGAAUCAAUACCUGUUGUUCCAAACCUAACAACAAUACCAACAACCGAAUUUCAAAGUUCGGUUUCGUAUAGCGUCUCAACGAAUACCAAUCCGGUAAUAACAACAAGAGGCGGAACCACUAUCCCAACAACCGAAGAUAUUCUAAUAGCAAAGGAGGUUAAUAAUAUUUUCAACAACUCUAACGGUACAUUUUCUUCAACUAUUGACUAUUUCACCACGGAAUCGUAUACAACUGCAACAAAUGCUACUCCACCAAUUACUUAUACCUUUGCAAACGAAAACGAGAAUCAAAAGAAGGAAGAUACGUCAAAAGGAUCAAGAAUAAUUGUUAAGAUGAUAAGCGGUCAGACUCUUUUAUAUAUAAUAUUUGCAGCUUGUUCAGCUCUGGGGACUUAUUAUUAUGGUUACUUUUUUGCUGUCCAUCUUCUAUUGAUUGUUCAAGGAAAUCAACUUCUUUUGGGAAUUAUAAGAGCAGUAACAAUGAAUGGAAAAUCACUCGUGUGGGUUGCAAUUCUAGGUUUGGUGACCAUGUAUUUAUUCGCUCUCGCCGUAUUUGCCUUCUUCCGAGAGGCUUUUGACAUAGAAGAAGAGGUCUAUUGCGAUACAUUAGCCAAAUGUUCUUACACUGUAUUAAGAUAUGGUCUUAUUGGUAAUUACGACGAGGGUUUUUACCAUCAUGUUCAUUUUGAGCACAACAUGUGGUCCUACGUUAACUACUUUAUAUAUCUUGAUGAAACUGCGGAAAAUGAUUACUCGGCAAUUGAUUUAUACGUUGUUAGAAUGUUGGAAUCGGAAAAUCUGGAAUUUUUCCCAACAGAUAGAGCUCUUUGCCUAGCAAAUUUAGAUGAAGAUAGUAAAGAAUCCAAACUUGAUAAUGUAAUUAAAGCAAUAACUGAUAUUCGAAAUGAUCAAAUUCAACAAGAAAUGAAAGAGCGAAGGCAUGAUAAAAGAUUACGAAUAAUAAAAUGGCAAGAACUCUAUAGCAGAAAUAAACAAUCAUCUAUAACUUCGUCGAGUCGGUCAGAAAAAGGAACAUCGGAUGUUUAA